UUGUCUUUCUUUUCUUUGGCUCUUUCUUUUGUCUUUCUUUUCUUUGGCUCUUUCUUUUGUCUUUCUUUUCUUUGGCUCUUUCUUUUCUUUGGCUCUUUCUUUUCUUUGGCUCUUUCUUUUCUUCUGUCUUUCUUUUCUUCUGUCUUUCUUUUCUUCUGUCUUUCUUUUCUUCUGUCUUUCUUUCAUGGGUUUUUCUUUUCUUCUGUCUUUCUUUUCUUCUUUCUUUCUUUCAUUUCUUUUUUUCUUCUGUCUUUCUUUCAUGUGUCUUUCUUUUCUUCUGUCUUUCUUUUCAUGGGUCUUUCUUUUCUUCUGUCUUUCUUUCAUGGGUCUUUUUUUUUCUUCUGUCUUUCUUUUCUUGGGUCUUUCUUUUCUUCUUCUUCUUUCUUUCAUGGGUCUUUCUUUUCUUCUGUCUGUCUUUUCUUCUGUCUUUCUUUCAUGUGUCUUUCUUUUCUUCUUUCUUUUUCUUUUCUUUUUUUCUUCUUUCUUUUCUUUCAUGGGUUUUUCUUUUUCUUCUGUCUUUUCUUUUUCUUCUGUCUUUCUUUCAUGGGUUUUUCUUUUCUUCUGUCUUUUUUCUUCAUGUGUCUUUCUUUUCUUCUGUCUUUCUUUCAUGGGUUUUUCUUUUCUUCUGUCUUUCUUUUCUUCUGUCUUUCUUUCAUGUGUCUUUCUUUUCUUCUGUCUUUCUUUCAUGUGUCUUUCUUUUCUUCUGUCUUUUCUUUCAUGUCUUUUUUCUUUUCUUCUUUCUUUUUUUCUUCUGUUUUCUUUCUUCUGUCUUUUUUUUUCUUCUGUCUUUCUUUUCUUCUGUCUUUCUUUUCUUCUGUCUUUCUUUUCUUCUGUCUUUCUUUUCUUCUGUCUUUCUUUCAUGGGUUUUUCUUUUCUUCUGUCUUUCUUUUCUUCUGUCUUUCUUUUCUUCUGUCUUUCUUUUCUUCUGUCUUUCUUUCAUGGGUUUUUCUUUUCUUCUGUCUUUCUUUUUUUCUGUCUUUCUUUUUCUUGGGUUUUUUUUCUUUUCUUUCUUUCUUUUUUCUUUUCUUCUGUCUUUUUUUCAUGGGUUUUCUUUUCUUCUGUCUUUCUUUCAUGGGUUUUUUCUUUUCUUCUGUCUGUCUUUUCUUUCAUUUCUUUCUUUGUCUUUUCUUUUCUUCUGUCUUUCUUUCAUGUGUCUUUCUUUUUCUUCUGUCUUUCUUUUCAUGUGUCUUUUCUUUCAUGGGUUUUUUUUUUCUUCUGUCUUUCUUUUCUUCUUUUUUUCUUCUGUCUUUCUUUUUUCUUCUUUCUUUUUUUUUCUUUCUUUCUUUGUCUUUUCUUUUCUUUGUCUUCUUUUCUUUCUCUUUCUGUCUUCUCUUUUUCAUGGGUCUUUCUUUUCUUCUGUCUUUCUUUUCUUCUUUCUUUCUUUUCUUCUGUCUUUCUUUUCUUCUGUCUUUCUUUCUUUUCUUUUCUUUCUUUCAUGGGUUUUUUCUUCUUCUUUUUUUCUUCUGUCUUUCUUUUCUUCUGUCUUUCUUUUUCUGUCUUUCUUUUUCUUCUUUCUUUCUUUGUCUUUCUUUUCUUUUCUUUCUUUUCUUCUGUCUUUUCUUUUCUUCUUUUCUUUCUUUUCUUUUUUCUUCUGUCUUUCUUUUUUUCUUCUUUCUUUUCUUCUUUCUUUCUUUCUUCUGUCUUUCUUUUUCUUCUGUCUUUCUUUUCUUCUGUUUUCUUUCUUGUGUCUUUCUUUUCUUCUGUCUUUCUUUCUUGUUGUUUUUUUCUUCUUCUGUCUUUCUUUCAUGUGUUUUUUUUUCUUUUUCUUUCUGUCUUUUUUUCUUUUUUUUCUGUCUUUCUUUUCAUGUGUCUUUUUUCUUCUGUCUUUCUUUCUUUCUUUCAUGUGUCUUUUUUUUUUCUUCUUUCUUUUUUCUGUCUUUUGUUUCUUUGUCUUUUCUUCUGUCUUUCUUUCUUCUUUUUCUUUUUUCUUUUUUCUUUUCUGUCUUUCUUUUCUUUCUGUCUUUUCUUUUUCUUCUGUCUUUUCUUUUCUUCUUUCUUUUCUUUUCUCUUUCUUUCUUUCAUCUGUCUUUUCUUCUGUCUUUCUUUUUCUUUUUCUUUUCUUUGUCUUUCUUUCUUUUUUUUCUUCUGUCUUUCUUUCAUGGGUUUUUUUUUCUUUUCUUUCUUUCUGUCUUUCUUUUCUUCUGUCUUUCUUUCUUUCUUUUUUUUCUUCUUCUGUCUUUUCUUCUGUCUUUCUUUCUGUCUUUCUUUUCUUCUGUCUUUCUUUUCUUUCUUUUCUUCUUCUUUUCUUUCAUGUGUCUUUCUUUCUUGGGUUUUUUUUUCUUUUUUUCUUCUUUUUUCUUUUUCUUCUUUCUUUCUUUCUGGGUUUUUCUUUUCUUCUUCUUUCUUUUGUCUUUCUUUCUUUUCUUCUGUCUUUCUUUUCUUUGUCUUUUUUCUUCUCUUUCUUUCUUCUUUCUUUCUUUUUUUUGUGUCUUUCUUUCUUUUCUGUCUUUCUUUCAUGGGUCUUUUCUUCUUCUCUUUCUUUUCAUGGGUCUUUCUUUUCUUCUGUCUUUCUUUCAUGGGUUUUCUUUUCUUCUGUCUUUCUUUUUCUUUUUUUCUUUUCUUUUCUUUUCUUUCUUCUUUCUUUUUUCUUUCUGUCUUUUUCUUUUUCUUCUGUCUUUCUUUCUUCUGUGUUCUUUUCUUUUUUCUUCUGUCUUUUCUUUCAUUUUCUUUUUUUUCUUUUCUUCUGUUUUUCUUUCUUUUCUUUCUUUCUUUUCUUCUGUCUUUCUUUCAUUUCAUCUUUUUUUCUUCUGUUUUCUUUCUGUCUUUCUUUUCUUCUGUCUUUCUUUCAUUUUCUUUUCUUCUGUCUUUCUUUCAUGGGUUUUUUUUUUCUUCUUUCUUUCUUUUUCUUUUCUUCUUCUUUCUUUCAUGGGUCUUUUCUUUUCUUCUUUCUUUCUUUUCUUUCUUUUUUCUUCUGUCUUUCUUUCAUUGUUUUUCUUUUCUUCUGUCUUUCUUUUCAUGUGUCUUUCUUUUCUUCUGUCUUUCUUUCUUUCUUUCUUUCUUCUUUUUUUUUUUUGUGUUUUUCUUUUCUUCUGUCUUUCUUUUCUUCUGUCUUUCUUUUCUUCUGUCUUUCUUUUCUUCUGUCUUUCUUUUCUUCUGUCUUUUUUUUUCUUUCUUUUUUUCUGUCUUUCUUUUCUUCUUUCUUUUCUUUCUUCUUUCUUUUUUUUUUUCUCUUUCUUUUCUUCUGUCUUUCUUUCAUGGGUCUUUCUUUUCUUCUGUCUUUCUUUCUUCUUUUCUUUUUUCUUCUUUCUUUCUUUUUUCUUCUUUCUUUUCUUUCUUUCUUCUGUGUCUUUUCUUUUCUUCUGUCUUUCUUUCAUGGGUUUUCUUUUCUUCUGUCUUUCUUUUCUUUCUGUCUUUCUUUCUUUCUUUUCUUUUCUUCUGAAAUUUUCUUUCUUUUUUUUCUUUGUCUUUCUUUUCUUCUGUCUUUCUUUUCUUCUGUCUUUCUUUUUUCUUUCUUUCUUUCUGUCUUUUUUUCUUCUGUCUUUCUUUCAUUCUGUCUUUUUUUUCUUCUUUCUUUCUUUCUUUUUUUCUCUUCUGUCUUUUUUUUCUGUCUUUUUUUUCUUCCUCUUUCUUUUCUUCUGUCUUUCUUUUUUUCUUUCUUUCUUUCUUUCUUUCAUGUGUCUUUCUUUUCUUCUUUUUUCUUUCAUGUCUUUUUCUUUCAUGGGUUUUUUUUUCUUCUUCUGUCUUUUCUUUUCUUCUUUCUUUUCUUUUCUUCUUUCUUUUUUUCUUCUGUCUUUCUUUCUUUUCUUCUUUUCUUUGUCUUUCUUUCAUGUGUCUUUCUUUUCUUUGUCUUUCUUUCUUUCAUGGGUUUUUUUUUUCUUCUUCUUUCUUUUCUUCUGUCUUUCUUUUCAUGUGUCUUUCUUUUCUUCUGUCUUUCUUUCAUGUGUUUUUUUUCUUCUGUCUUUCUUUCAUGGGUCUUUCUUUUCUUCUGUCUGUCUUUUCUUCUUUUUCUUUCUGUCUUUCUUUUUUUUCUGUCUUUCUUUCAUUGUGUCUUUCUUUUCUUCUGUCUUUCUUUUCAUGUGUCUUUCUUUUCUUCUGUCUUUUUUUCUUUCAUGUUUUUCUUUUCUUCUGUCUUUCUUUUCUUCUGUCUUUCUUUUCUUUGUCUUUCUUUCAUGUGUCUUUCUUUUCUUCUGUCUUUCUUUCAUGGGUUUUCUUUUCUUCUGUCUUUCUUUCUUCUGUCUUUCUUUUCUUCUGUCUUUCUUUUCUUCUGUCUUUCUUUUCUUCUGUCUUUCUUUUCUUCUGUCUUUCUUUCAUGUGUCUUUCUUUUCUUCUGUCUUUCUUUCAUGGGUCUUUCUUUUCUUCUGUCUUUCUUUUCUUCUGUCUUUCUUUCUUUUCUUUCUUUCUGUGUCUUUCUUUUCUUCUGUCUUUCUUUUCAUUUCUUUUUUCUUUUCUUCUGUCUUUCUUUUCUUCUGUCUUUCUUUUCUUCUGUCUUUCUUUUCUUCUGUCUUUCUUUCAUGUGUCUUUCUUUUCUUCUGUCUUUCUUUCAUGGGUUUUUCUUUUCUUCUGUCUUUCUUUUCUUCUGUCUUUCUUUCAUGUGUCUUUCUUUUCUUCUGUCUUUCUUUCAUGUGUCUUUCUUUUCUUCUGUCUUUCUUUCAUGGGUCUUUCUUUUCUUCUGUCUUUCUUUUCUUCUGUCUUUCUUUCAUGUGUCUUUCUUUCUUCUGUCUUUCUUUCAUGUGUCUUUCUUUUCUUCUGUCUUUCUUUCAUGUGUCUUUCUUUUCUUCUGUCUUUCUUUCAUGGGUCUUUCUUUUCUUCUGUCUUUCUUUCAUGGGUUUUUCUUUUCUUCUGUCUUUCUUUUCUUCUGUCUUUCUUUUCUUCUGUCUUUCUUUUCUUCUGUCUUUCUUUUCUUCUGUCUUUCUUUUCUUCUGUCUUUCUUUUCUUCUGUCUUUUCUUUUCAUGUGUUUUCUUUUCUUCUGUCUUUCUUUCUUGGGUUUUUUCAUGUUUUUCUUUUCUUCUUCUCUUUUUUUUUCUUGUGUCUUUCUUUUCUUCUGUCUUUCUUUCAUGGGUCUUUCUUUUCUUCUGUCUUUUCUUUUCUUCUGUCUUUCUUUCAUUUUCUUUCUUUCAUGUGUCUUUCUUUUCUUCUGUCUUUCUUUCUUUCAUGGGUCUUUCUUUUCUUCUGUCUUUUCUUUCAUGGGUUUUUCUUUUUUUUCUUUUCUUUCUUUUCUUUUUCUUCUUUCUUUUUUCUUCUUUCUUUUCUUUCUGUCUUUUUUUCUUUUCUUUCUUUCUUCUUCUUUCUUUCUUCUUGGGUUUUUUUUUCUUCUGUCUUUCUUUUCUUCUGUCUUUCUUUUCUUUCUUUCUUUCUUUCAUUUUUUUCUUUUCUUCUGUCUUUCUUUUCUUUUCUCUUUCUUUCUGUCUUUCUUUUCUUCUGUCUGUCUUUUUUCUUCUGUCUUUCUUUUCUUCUGUCUUUCUUUCUUCUGUCUUUCUUUUCUUCUGUCUUUCUUUCAUGUGUCUUUCUUUCAUGGGUUUUUCUUUUCUUCUGUCUUUCUUUUCUUCUGUCUUUCUUUUCUUCUGUCUUUUUUUUUCUGUCUUUCUUUUCUUCUGUCUUUUCUUUUUCUGUCUUUCUUUCUUUCUUUUCUUCUGUCUUUCUUUUCUUCUGUCUUUCUUUCAUGGGUCUUUCUUUUCUUCUGUCUUUCUUUCAUGGGUCUUUCUUUUCUUCUGUCUUUCUUUCAUGGGUCUUUGUUGCAUUCGUUCUUUCUAUUGUUCGUUCGUUAUUUUUUCUUUCUUUCUUUCUUUGUUUCUUUGAUAUGCUCUUCUUUCUUUGUUUCUUUCUUUAGUGUACAUUAUUUUUUAUAA